AAUGUUACAAUUGACCAACACAAGCUUCCAAAGACAGUAUCUGCAAGGCAUGUUCGUUUUAUUCCAAAUUUGCGGCAUGUCUGGAAUUGUCUAAAAGUGGAGGUGUAUGGAUUUGAUGGUAAGUAUGUCAUCUUCUUGACAUUUUCAAUGACGUAGAAGUACUAGUUUUAGUAGUAGUGGUAGUGCUAAUAGUAAUAGUAGUGGUAGUGGUUGUAGUAGUAGUUGUAGUAGUUUUCUAUUAAUGCUGUGCAUUUAAAUACUGACCUACUAAUUUUGCAAAAGUAUCUUAAAUUCAUUUCAUCUGUUGGGGAGAUAGUUGAUAGUUGUUUAUAGAAUCUUGGAAAGUUUUAGAGAAGUGUUCUAUCGAUUUAAAAUUUUGAAAAGUUUUGCACUCAGAUGCGAGGCCGUUUAUGGUACCUCUCCGUCUAGUGGUUGAUAAAUAAGGUAAACUGGCAAACAUUAAGGAUUGAAUGAAAUUGAAUGAAAACAUUAUUCUGACCGCGCCUGUUGGAGAUAAGAUUGGUUAAAGCCAAUUCGGCAUUUGACACCUUGUUGGCUAUUUACCAUCUCAUAUCCAACGCACGCCUAUGGAAUAAUUGUUACUUAACGCAUAUACCCUGCUGUAACGCACGUCCAUGAAAUAAUUGUUAUUUAAUCCAUAGACCCCUGCUAUAAUCAUGAUGUGCUAAGUGAGGCGAAAAGGAAGAAAACCUUCGAGGGUGCUGGCGGCCAAUGUGACCGAAAAAUUUUACCUUCUGAAAAAAAAUGGUUCCGUUUUGUCGAACCAGCUGGUACUCAAAUGCCAACAGCCUGUGUUCCUCAAUCUCACUGCAAUGCUAAAAGACCCGGAUGGUUGGAUGGACAUCACCCUAAUGUGACGCAAGGUGUAGUAAACAUGAGGGUUUGCUUUACUACUGAGAACGACUGCUGUGGUGAUCAGGAAUUUAUAUCGGUCAAGAAUUGUGGCGACUUUUUUGCAUAUGGACUGGUAAAACCAAGCAGUUGUGGACGAUAUUGUGGAGAAUAAACAUUCGCUGUGCUUUAGCAGCGAAAGAAAGAAAGCGAGACAGGGGAAGG